CCGAAGCGCUCCCCGCGGAUAAGGCUUCUUUUUUCCGUCUACGAACGUCACUUGUGCAACAGCUGAAAGCUCUCUGGCCCCCUCCGAUUCGGCGGUCUAGGCCUCUUCUCCCACCCAUCCAACGUUUCUUUCCACUCUCUUUGUAAUCAGGCAGUUCAGGAUACCGCUUCUCGUCUCACCGGCGAUCCCCGACAAGCCAAGAUGUUGAACAUAUGGUCUAUGAAAAAAAAGCAAAAGGAGGCUGAGAAUGCUGAAGGGCAGGCUGCUGGAGGCAAGAGGAAGAAGGUGACGGCGGCACAGCUACGAGUACAGAAAGAUUUGUCAGAGCUAUCUCUCGGCGCGACGAUGCAAACGAACUUCCCUGACCCUGACAAUAUUCUCAACUUCAUCUUGUCGAUCGAGCCGGACGAGGGGAUGUACCGAGGCGGAAAAUUCACAUUCGACUUUGCCAUCAACCAGAACUUCCCUCACGAGCCUCCUAAAGUGCUGUGCAGAGAGAAGAUAUAUCAUCCCAACAUCGAUCUCGAGGGCAAGGUUUGCCUUAACAUUCUGCGGGAGGACUGGAAGCCGGUGUUGAACCUGAAUGCUGUCAUCGUGGGGUUGCAGUUUUUGUUCUUGGAACCCAACGCUUCGGAUCCUCUGAACAAGGAGGCGGCUGACGACCUGAGAAGCAACCGAGAGGGGUUCAAGCGGAAUGUACGAACGGCCAUGAGCGGAGGAUCUGUCAAGGGAGCGCCAUACGACCGAGUAUUGAAAUAAACUAUGGGUUAAAAAAAUAGGGCACAGCUUUGUGUAGAUUGUCCAAGGCCUGUGCCCAGAGCCUGAGGAGAUUUGGGGAGUGUGUGGAGGGAAGGCGGGUGUGACUACGACGACGAGCAGCCGACAUACACAUAGAAGACGUACUUUGUACAUCAUCCAACAUCCGGCACAUCCUUCAUUGAAGAGAUGGCGCCAUAACAAAAAAAUCCCGGUCUUGGCUAGUGCUUGAGCCAAAGGAUGGCAUGUUGCCGUUUUUUUGUGUUUUUGGCCUGGGCCUAGCCACGGGGUUACCCUAUCUAUAUACUACCUUUCAUUAAGUCGACAUUACAGCAUAGAAAUACAUGGCGUUCAUUGCAAG